AUGGCUACAAACAAGAAGAACGAGCAGGGCCUGACCCCCUUGAUGAUCGCAGCCAGGGACGAAAACCUCGAGGCGUGCAUUGCCCUUCUGCAACAAGGAGCCGAUGUCCAUGCAGAGACAGAGUCCGGAGAGACGAUUCUGCACUUUGCGGCGCAGAACAAACGACACGGACAUGAAAUUGCGUGGCUGCUGGUUCACAAACACAAACUGGAUGCCACGAAGAGAGACGUCAAAGGAAAUGAAGCCAUUAUUCACGGAAUCAGGAAUGAAAACUUCAGGUUUGCCCAGGAGUUGUUCCGCUUGCGCGAAUGUGAGGCGAUCAACCUUUUCCAUUUAUUCAUCUCGCUGAAUCAGUCCGACGUCGCACUUUUGGUCCACGCGUGGAACCCCCUGCUCAUUAGAGAGGUGGAUGGGUACGGGAGGAAUGCCCUGCAUCUUGCCGCCGAAUUUGCCGACCUCAGGGUGUGCCAGUUGUUAAUCGAGAUGGGAAUCGAUGCCGCUUCCAAUUCUUAUUUCGGGAUGGCCUUGCACCGCGCCCCACUUAACAAAAACCACGGCAUCGAAAUCAUUAAAUAUUUUGUAAGUUUGAAGCUUAACCUGAAUGAAGUGUCAGAGAGUGGGCUUCUGCCACUCCAUGCCGCCUUUGCCGCUGGGAACCUCGAAAUAGCACACGAAAUGCUGAAACUUGGUGCAAUUCUAGACACUAAAAACUGGAAUAAUUACCUCUUUUUGUCAAUUGCCGCGAACAACCACGAGUGUGCCAAUUUCAUUCACAAUUUUAAUGGUGAACUUAUCAUGAGAAUGAAUCUCGACGGCCGCACGGCUCUGCACCUAGCUGCUGAGUUCGCUGAUGCUGAAAUGUUAAAGUGGAUUUUGAGUACCAACAUCGGAUCUAAGUGUUUUCUUGACCAGUGGAAAUGCUCGAUUCUCCACCACAUAGCUUUCAACAGGCAGUUUGGGCCGCAACUCGUCCGUUUAUUCAGUUCCAUUGGCGUUGAUCUCAACUGCAAAGAUGAGGGACAAAACACGCCUCUUAUAUUCGCGCUGAGGGCGAUAAACCUGGACGUGGCGCAGGAGUUGCUGAACCACGGUGCCACUUUAAACUCAGAGAAUGAAGACGUGAAUUUGCUACACCUGUGUAUCAAUGAAAACAACCUGGAAGGCGCCAAAUUCGUGCAUUCCAAGAUCCCUGAACUUGUGCGGAAACUCAGUGUGGGAGGAAUGACCUCGCUUCAUCUCGCAGCCUCGUACGCGGAUUUGAACAUGUGUUUGUGGAUCGUAGGACUCAAUUUCGACGUACAGGACAAAAGUGGUGAAGACGGCAAUACUGUCCUGCAUUGUGCUGCGUAUAAUUUGAAUCACGGUGCCAGCUUAGUUCAGUUUUUUGUGUCUAAAGGUGUAAAUGUGAAUGAGAAAAACUUUGCGUCGAAAACAGCGCUCCACCCUGCCCUUUUAGAAAAGAACAUCGGAUUCGCCAGGGAAUUGCUGCAAGCUGGUGCAGAAUUGAAGGCGAUCCUCGACGAUGAAGGAGUCCAAGAGCUGACCAAAAUCGCGAGCACAGGUCAGUCUGGUUGUUUGCUGAUGGAUAACACAGUGACCAAGGUUGUUCCGUUACGCAGAUAA